UCCUCUCCCACAAUGUGCAGUAUGUGUCUACGUUUGUGUAUAUACUUUGUGAGUGUGAGGAGUCAGCAGAUUUGAGUGGUGAGCUGUGUAGUACACUGCGUUACAUUGGGAAACCUGAGAAAUUUCCAUCUCUGAGGGGUGGGAACCUUGAAAAGACAGUGCAGGUUCCCCCUAAGCCAACAGGAAACUGACCACAUGCUGCUACAGUCCACGCUGUCACCACAUGUGCCUGUUAUUACUGUCACACUGCCAGGGACCACCACGCUCACCUGUACACAACUGCCAUCAUGGUCUGUUUGGUAUUGAUGUUUGCUGUGCUCACCAUUGAAUAUGUUUAUGGAAGUCGACUACCUCCUCUGCCCAUGAAAGACGGCUGCCACGUGGUGUCUCCAGAGGUGAUGAUAUUCAGAGUGGAGGGCGAGGCCAUAAUCCUCUCCUUCCCAAUGUUCAUGAGGGUACUCAAAGUACGGAACAUCGCUCCCCUAACAGCAAAGUACCUCAUCCACAAGGACAAUGGUACAGAGGGUGUGGCCUAUUAUGGCGAGGGACGUGUCCAGCAGCAUGACAAACAGUUGUGGUUCCUUCCUGCUCAGGCUUCAGACUCAGGGAAAUAUAUCUGCACUUACAGAAAUGAAAGCUACUGUGUAACUGGGAGCAUCAUGCUGCAUGUGUACGAGUCCAGCUAUGUUGACAUGGAGAAACUGUCCUAUCCAGUCUCAGCCACAGUGGGAGAGAAUUUGCCAUUAAAAUGUCCAUCUCUAAGUGACUUCAACAAGACAGACAGACUCAUACAGUGGCACAAGGACUCCAGCCCCACUCCCCUUCAGCUAUGCAGACCGGGCUCCUUCUGCCAGCGAAAGGGGGACUUAAUGAUCCCCGCAGUGAAGCAAACCGAUGCAGGUGUCUACACCUGCCAGCUCAGAGUGCUCAUCAACAACCAGCAGUACAAAGUCAGUAGAUCCAUCCUGCUGCGUGUGCAAGGUCUAGAUCCUGCAAUCACCACCACUGUGCCUGACCUCUCCACGACCUCUAACCCAGGGCUGAUCAGCAGCACUAGCAGCAGCUACAGCUCAGUACACACUCCAAUAAUUCAACCACCUGUGAUUGUCUCGCCACUGAAUGGAACCAUUUUUGAAAGUCUGCAUGGUUCAGGACUGGAGCUGUUUUGCAACGUGCUUACUGAAUGUCAAAUAGCAGGUUCCACUGUGGUCACUUGGCUGGUCAAUGGCCAAUCAGUGGAGUCAUCAUACCUUGAUGGGCGGGCGCUGCAGGGGGGAAGGAGGGUAACCAAAGUGUCUGGGGGCUGCCAGAUUGAGUUGAAGCUAAUUGUUGUAGCGAUAACGGAAGAAGACGUGGAGACAGAGCUGAAAUGUGUCACUCAGAACCAAGGUGGAAGACAGGAAGUUGUUGCACAGCUUCGACUAGAGGACCCCACAUUUACAUGGCUGGUGGUAGCUGCAGUGGCUGUGUCCUGCUUCCUCACUGUGGUCUUGGUCUUCAUCUAUGCUCUCUUCAAACCUAAAAGGAAUACGAAAAUGGAUUACUUUCUGGCUCGGCAGAACAGCACUUUCUAACUCUGCUAGUUUAUGCAAAACAAAGAUGUUCUUAAAUGUGUUUGCCGUUAUAUCAAAUUUGUCUUUCAUGCAUUGUGUACAUGUGAUGUCAUGCGGUGGCACCACCACGCCAUGUUUGGUGUUCAACACUCCUUUUACAGGCAUUCAAUGUUUCAGUAGCUGCAUUCACCUACAGUGAAAUGCUGUUACCCACUGUCCUCCUCGGCUGAGACAUACACAAGUAUUUUUGUUACUUUUAAAUUAUAUUGUAUGUGCUAAUCCGUAUAUUCUACCUUUACAAAGAAAUAAUGUGUUGAGUUUUGAUUAACACUGUCAGAGAGGUAUUGGUUUAAAUAUGUUGUUUAUUAUUGAGGUUGUAGCUUGCAGUGGUGUUGAAACGGACUGCGUAACAUUGAGAGAUGUUUCAUCUGUGUAAAGAUGAUGGAGGUAUUGGAUUGCAUUAGAUUUUAGAGCCAUACCCAAUAGAGUGGCCACUGAGUACAGAGAGAGAGAGAGAGAGAGAGUGUGAGUGUGAGUGUGUGUGUCACUAUGCAAUAAAUCUCAGGGAAGCAUCUUCAUCAGCAGAAAAGUAUUCAGUCCAUUUGCAAGUCUGCAUGUCUGCACAUUUACAUGCCAAAUCUGACUAUAAUAAAAGAACGUGGUGUGAGAAAAUGCUCAGUGUUGAGGUGUAUGUUUGGAUUAGGUUUGGAUGUAGCAUUUAAAAUGUUAUAAUCCAUACAGUCUAUGGUUAUAAUCCUAUAAAACAAGUGUUACAUCACUUAUCCAUUAAAAGUACUUAAUGGUGUUGAUGGUGUAAGUGUCCUGGCUAUGGUGUUCAUUAUGUGUUGGAGUAAAGUCCAAAAUUUUACUCUGAAACUCAGUAGAAUAAAUUUACUUAAUUAAAUGACUUAAACGAUGGAGAUAAUCAAUAAAGUACCUUAAAACUGUA